CGUGUGCAGAUGAUACUCUUAUGAUUAGGAGUAAAAAACUACACUACCUACGAGAACGACUAUAUAGGACAUAGGUACUCAGUAUAAAUUACAUUACUAAACCUAUAAGUGCGCAUAAAUCAAUGGUCGGUGAUUUCAAAUGAGUGGUUAACGCAUAAUUUAUCAAUAUAAUAGCAAAGAGAACUGACUCUAUAUUGUCCAGCAGAAUAUUUAACAUUUAACAUAGAAAACGAGCUCUUUACAUCCACUGAUGUGACCGGUGAAUAUAUACAAGAGGUUUCAAAAUACAACACUAAAUUUUAAAUUUUAAAAUAGUCGAUAUCAAUGUUAUAGGCAUACUGACCAUAUAGUGAAAUGGAAUACGCACGAAUACAAUUGCCGUCGUUCUCGAUGGUGAUGAUCGCGAUGACGGCACUACUCCCGGAUGGUACCGCCGCCGCCUUGAUAGACCUUGGUCACAGUUACCGGUUCGGGACCACAACUUGCUGGGACCCAACACAGCGAUUCAACAUAUACGACGUCUACACGGGACCUGGACCGAACGGACUGUACAUCACGGAAAGCUUCUCGACGCCUGAACACUGCGGCACUCAUCUGGACGCCCCGUUUCACUUUAACCCGGCCGGGUGGAAGCUGCAAGACAUCCCGCUGCACCGAACGGUGGUUGAAGGCGUACAUGUGAACGUAAGUAGUGAAGUCAAUGGAAACAGUGACUUUUUACUGACCGCUGAUCAUUUGAAAGCGUGGGAACAAGCCAACGGUCCACUGCCAAAUCGAUCAGUGAUUUUGGUGAACUUCGGCUGGGCUCACAAAUUUGGAGAUCGUCAGUCAUACUACAGUGGAUUACAUGAACCUUACAGGUUUCCCGGACUGUCCGAGGACGCGGCCCAGUGGAUCGUCGAUUCCGGAAAAGUGUACGGCGUCGGGGUGGACGGUCCGAGCGUGGACCCGGGCCAGUCGACGACGUACGGCGUACACGGGGUACUGUCCAAAGCCAACCUGUACAACCUGGAAAACGUAGCGUUGAACGGGACGACGCUGCCAGCCAGGGGGUUCAAGCUGGUCAUCCAACCGGUCAAGAUCGACGGCGGCACCGGCAGCCCGGUCAGGAUAUUGGCCUUUACGCGGAACGCGUUCGAAUGACGACGCGGGACGGCAUCGAAUCGAAUGGCACCGCCGAAUAAUCGUUUUUCUUUUUUCCACUCGCUGCGACAGCUAUACACACGACAACAACAGUGUUGCACGCUGCUCGGAGCGCCGGCUGACGACGGGCGUCAUAAUUAAUAAUAAAAAACAACACUGUUAUCGAAUUUUCUUUAGCGUUAGUAUACCGCUUAGAUUUACGCUCUAAACAUAAUAUUAUUAUACAUAAGUUGCCGUUAUACCACGUUAUAAUAUUAUAUAACCACGGUAUGUAUGCGUAAUAUGCAAAACAAAUAGAUGUUGUAAAAACAAUAAUAUUAAUUUUAUAAAUAAAACGAUUAUGCGUUUUUA